UUGACAUUUAAAAUACGAUUGUAGCCUACAUAACACACAAAGUAUCUACAAUAUACAUUUUGUCAACUGAAAACAAAGAAGUACAAGAGAAAAAGGAGGAAAAAAGACAAAAAACAUAAGAGCUUGAGGGUAAGACAUUUAACCAUCAAUGAUAGUAUAUAAAGUCAUUGCAAAAUGAAAUAGUUCCGCUUGCUUUCUUAUUUCCGCCGCUUCAUUCUUAGAACGCCCGCGUGAUGAGCUGAUGACGUCACAAGGACAGAGGCCGCUGGAGGCUCGCGCGCGAUCACUUCAGUUCAGUUCAGUGAAGCGAAUUACUGAAGCAGAGUCUGAUUCCAAGUCUGUAAAGACACACACGAUAGACAGCACUCCAUUACCAGCACUUAGUUUCUGCUUUGGAGACAAGCAAUAGAAAAGCAAACACAAAUGAAGAAAAAGAAAGGCAUUUGUGCAUUCUUCAAGAGAACAUGGCAGGCUGUAAAAUGUGCCAACUUCAGUGACAACAAAGAUUCACCUGAUCCCCGGUCUGGUCCAUCUGGUCUUGAGCCAAUGAAUCCAGCAGAUCCGCAGCCAGAUCCAUCCAGCCUGGAGCUAACAGCUCUCCAGGAUCCACAUCCAGACCCGUCUGCCCUCAAUUCUGAGUUGAUGCCUGUUCCAGGUCCAUCCAGUCUCAGGCCGACUCCUGACACAACACGUGAACCAGUGUCAUUUGCCUCUCUAUAUGAAAUGGGACAGAGGCUGGGAAUAGGAGGUUUCGGUACUGUGUUUAAGGGGACAUGCACAUCUGAUGGCCAGCAGGUUGCCAUCAAGGUCAUUCCUAAGUAUAAGGAGGAUGAUUAUAUCGUUAUUCCUGGCUAUUCCAAGCCAUUGCUCGUGGAAGUGGCUCUAAAUCUGCGGGUGAAAAAGUCUCCAAUAAGCCCCAACAUUGUCCAGAUGCUGGACUGGUUUGAAGAGGCACAUUGUCACAUCCUGAUCUUGGAGUAUCCGCAGCCCUGCAUGACCCUGAACAGUUUCCUCAAACUCAACAGACGUUGCUUAGAUGAAAAUCAAGCGCGUUGCUUUAUGCUCGAGGCAGUUCUCGCCGCCAAACACUGUAUGGACCGCGGUGUCUCCCAUAAUGAUAUCAGGGUGGAUAACAUCCUGAUCAAUACAGACACGCUGCAGCUCAAACUCAUAGACUUUGGCUGUGGAGAACUAAUUGAAGGUUGUGAUGAUGAAGAUAACCAAUGCAGAGGACAUGUGGUGCCGGAGCUUUAUGUUAAGUACAAAUACGCACUGAGUGAGACGGUGUUGUCUCUUGGUAACCUGCUGUACAGGAUGGUGGAAGGCCAGUCUGCUCUAGAAAAUAAUCCAAGGUUUGAUUCCAACCGCUGUUCGAAAGAAUGUCAGGAUCUGAUAUGCCUCUGCAUGAAAUACGAUCCGGAUGAAACACCAACAUUAGAGCAGCUGUUAGAACGUGAAUGGUUUAAGCAGGGAGAUGAUCAGGAGUAG